AUGCCGGAACGCGACCCCUUCCUCGCGCGCAUCCCGCGCCCCUACCGCAUCCUCCUCCUCUACCUCGAGCCCCUGAUGGCCUUCAACGGCGCGCUCCUGUGCCUCUUCGCCCCCGCCUUGUUCCUCUCCACCUUCUCGCCCUACCUCAAGUACCACGCCGACAACCAGAUCAUCUAUAAUCAGCUCGCGGCCACGUACACGCUGUUCGCGUUCAACCAGGCCGUCGUGUUGCGCGUCGCGAAGGACCUGCGUGUGUGGAGGGCGAUUGUGCUCGGCAUAUUGGUGUGCGAUACGGUGCAUUUGUGGGCGGGCUUCGAUGUUAUGAGGAGGGAUGGGACGGUUUGGCCCGGCGUGUGGAGGGCGGAGGAUUGGGUUGCAGUGGGGAGCUUGGUUGUGCCCAUGGGGUUGCGGACGGCGUUUCUGGCAGGCAUAGGGGUUAAGGAGGAGGGCAAUGUCGAGAAGAAGGUGCAGUAG